AUGGCCCUCGACAGGCUAAUUACAGGCAACAGGGAGUGGAAAACUGCACCGGAAUAUUCGCAGUCUUGCGUUCUUUCGGCCGACCGAUUCUUGCAGGUCACAGAUCUGCUGUUGGAAAACCCCAAUCUGAAUUCGACUCAUCUUUUCCGGGCCGACAUCUUGUACGACAGCGUGCACAGGCUAAAGACGGUCUCGGAGAAGGAGAGCUUCUAUCUUGAGGCCGCCGGAGUGCUUCGCAGUGAUGACAAGGCCGUGACUCGAGAUGAGCCUGAGCCCGUAUCCUCAGCACCCGUGUUUCAAAGUGCCAUUUUGCAGAGAAAGAUCUUGCGAAAACUCAUUCCCCGGAAGCCUCAGCUUGAUCGUUCGCUUGACCAGUGGUGCUAUAUCUACAAACUCAUCGAAGGGACAGACGACGGUUCGGGAUGCAUUGUCGUUUACGAACCGCAAGUAGACACCGAGGCUGAUAUGCCAUGGUAUCAUCCGCCUGUCAAGUCUGUGGCAUAUCUUCGCAAAGAAAAGGGAACCGAGACGACGCUUUCGGUUCAUUUUCUCCCCUUCUCAACGUCUCCUGACCCAUUGCCAUCCCGAACGCAGCGAACGUUCGUUUCACUGCUCCAGACUUUCCUCAGGCUUGCAAAGAACCCUGCAGGAGAAAAGAUGGUCGUUGAAGACAGCCGGAGGAUGAUGGACGGAAAGGCAUUGACCACCCUGUCCCUUGCGCCUUCGGCCCUGAAAGACACGAUACUGCCCCAACACACAGUCCAAGACACCUACACCCGCCUGAAAGAGCGACACGCCCACGACCUCAUAUCACGCUGGGCAGAGAAGACCGAACCGUCCAAACACGUGUUCGAAGACCUUGCCAUCGCCGCCUUCGUCAUCGAGCUCUGGAACCAAAUGUAUCCAAAGGCAGACGCCUUUCCGGGCUUCGUUGAUAUUGCAUGCGGAAACGGUGUUCUGACGUACGUGCUCGUCAAGGAGGGAUACCAGGGACGUGGUUUUGAUGUCCGCAGACGGACUACAUGGGACGUUCUCGAGAUGGACGAUUAUCUAGAUGAGAUGGUCUGCAUCCCACAGCCGUUCCUGGAUCAUGUUGGCGCCGAGGAGAUCAACGGGCUCCAAGAAGCAGGCACAAGGAUCCAUAACGGAAUCUUCAAACCGGGCACCUUUAUCAUCUCCAACCACGCCGACGAACUCACGCCCUGGACACCCCUUCUCGCCACCCUCUCGUCUCCGGACUCACCUCUGCCCUUCCUGGCCAUUCCGUGCUGCUCGCACGCCCUCAGCGGCGCCAAACACCGCUAUUCACCAAAAGAUGCCAGUGUCGCAUCGCUGCCAUCCGACCCUACUACGGACCUAGGCAGCCCCAAUGCCGAGCACCAGCCUGCCAGCGGCGACUUGAGGGCUCUCCGCGCCACCAAGUCCAGAGCAGCGAACCACGCAGAUGACACGUCGAUGUACGCCUGUUUGACGAAGAAAGUCAUAUCGCUGGCGCUGGAGGUCGGCAACGACGUCGAGUUGACACUCAUGCGCAUUCCGAGUACGCGGAACAUCGGCGUUGUGGGGAACAGGCGGCAGACUUGGACUCCUCCUGCUGCCGCCAAUAGUGGUGGUGGUACUAUUCCUCCUGCGGCGGCAAUCCAUCCCGCGCCAGACGAAAGGACGCAGCGACACAGUUGGGACCAUGCUGUCCUUAGCGGCGGUACAGAGAAGAUCAAGAAGCAGCAGGAGGCGGCGCACGAAAACCCCACAACCGCGGGCCCUAGGGGCGACGGCGAUGAAACCCAAGUGGAAGCCGACGGGAGUCCCGUGCAAACGGCCAUCCGGGCCCUGUUGGACCGCGAGUGCGCCAUGGCAGGAGGCGUCGCUGAGGCUGCGAGAUGCUGGGUCGCACGGGCGCACAAACACCAGGUCGGACGCGGCAGGGGGAAGGUCAACCUCGGAGCACGGCCUCUUGCGGGAGGUUGA